AUGCCCGUCAUCGACAUCAAGUCCAAGCCCGAAUUCGACGCCCUCACCCAAACAACGCCCUACGUCGCCCUCCAAGCCCACGCAACCUGGUGCGGCCCCUGCAAGGCCAUCUCCCCGCUCUUCACAAAGCACGCCGACGCCCUCGCCGUCCCCGAAAAGUUCGUCUUCGCCCGCUUCGACACCGACGAGGUCCCCGACCUCGCCAUGGAGCUCGGCAUCCGCAGCAUCCCCGCCUUUUACGUCUUUGAAAACGGCGAGAAGAGCGAGACCCUCACCGGCGCCAACCCGCCUGCCCUGCAGAAGCUGGCUGAGGCUACUGCUGAAAAGGCCAAGACGGCCUAAGCUUCCUACACGCGAAACGGGACGAGACGAAACAAUAGGUAAAGUCGCUGCAGAGGAGGAUACACAUACAGUGACAUGGGACACGAGGGAUACCACUCGCGAGGGCGAGAUGAUAUAGACAGGCGCUUCAGCCCCGGCUAGUCUGCAAAUAUAUCAUUGCAUGCAUCGUGCUGGA